AUGAGGAGAACAGCCAUGUCGGAAUACACUGAUUUCGAGUACACUAUCUCUACUCGCCGGAACUCGAGUACCUCUCUGCCUUUCGCCGAGCUAACGUGCACCGAAGUCCGCCGUAGAAAACUUCGUUCCCCCAACGGCGAAACAACCUCAUCACCGUCUCUUCCCGACAAAAGCAUCGUUCGUCACUCCGGCUUUAUCCCAUUACACAAAGCCGACAGCAAUGUCGCCUUCGAAAUAUCUCGUGGCCACAACGGAGCCACCGCUAUCUCCAGACCAAGCAACCACCCUACUUACAAAUACUCGCUAGACUGCGCCGAAGUUAUCUUGCUAGUCUUGCGCCGGUUCGGCCUCACCACAUACGGCUCCGUCACUAUCUUGCGCGAGAUCGACAUGGCUAUCGAAUCGUCACCGUCGUUAUCGAGAGGCGAAGGAGAGAUUAACAUCAAGAUAUGGAAGAUCAUAACCAAGAUUUACAGAACCGACUGUUUGAGAACAGAGGAGUACCGCUCCGGUCCGGCGUCGUUGGAGGUUAAUCACUUUACGUUCCACUGUUUUGUUUUGACGAUGUCUACUUCACUCCACCAUUGCCACACUCUCCUCACUAGCUGCAAGAACUUAAGGGCCCUUACCCAAAUCCAUGCCUCCUUUGUCAAAUCCGGCGUCGAUACGGAUCCUUACUUCACCGGAAAACUAAUCCUACAAUGCGCCAUCUCAAUUCCCGGCGCUCUACCUUACGCUCGACGUCUCUUGCUCUGUUUUCCUUACCCUGAUGCCUUCAUGUUCAACACUCUCGUCCGAGGCUACUCCGAAUCCGACGAGCCGCACAGUUCCGUCGCGGCGUUUGUGGAGAUGACGAGGAAAGGUCUCGUCUUUCCGGAUAGCUUCUCCUUCGCGUUCGUUGUCAAGGCGGCGGCGAAUUUCCGGUCUCUGAGAACCGGAUUUCAGGUGCAUUGUCAAGCUUUGAAGCAUGGGCUCGAUUCGCAUCUGUUCGUUGCCACUACCUUGAUCGGCCUGUACGGGGAAUGCGAGCGUGUGGAGCUUGCUCGCAAGGUGUUCGACGAAAUGCGUCAGCCGAAUGUGGUCGCGUGGAACGCUGUGGUCACGGCUUGUUUCAGGGGAAACGACGUUUCCGGAGCGAGAGAAAUCUUCGAUAAGAUGUCGGAGAGGAACCACAUGUCGUGGAACAAAAGCAAUUGGCAGUGGAAGUUCAAGGGAAACUCGAUCGGUAUAUACUAUGAACAGCAUGAGAGAGAGAAGUGUGAAUCAGCUAAGAAUAUCCUCAUGAUACCAACGAUAUCUGAUGUUAGCACCGUAGAGGAAUGGAGAUCUGUGGCUAAAGACAUCGUGCAGCGAGAUGGCGACGUCAACUGGCGAACAACUAUUGUAGAUUGGCCUGGUCUUGGUUAUUCUGAUAGACCGAAGAUGGAUUACAAUACAGAUGUCAUGGAGAAGUUUGUGGUUGACUUCAUGAACUCGCCCGAGAGCCCAAUGAGCCAGUCAGGCAAUAAUGAUCUAGUGAUCAUUGGAGGAGGGCAUGCAGCAACAUUAGCAAUCCGCGCUGCGUGUCGUGGGCUACUAAAACCAUCAGCCAUUGCUGCUGUUGCACCUACAUGGGCUGGACCUCUCCCUAUUGUCUUUGGCCGUGAUUCUUCCAUGGAGACAAGGUACGGUCUGCUAAGAGGAACACUAAGAGCACCUGGGGUUGGUUGGAUGAUGUACAACAUGCUAGUGAGCAACGAGAAAUCAAUCGAGUCUCAAUACAAAUCCCAUGUUUAUGCAGACCAAACCAACGUGACCGAGGCCAUAAUCCAAAGCAGAUACGAGUUAACAAACCGGAAGGGAUCACGCUACGUCCCUGCAGCUUUCUUGACUGGUUUGCUCGACCCGGUUUCAUCCCGGGAUGAGUUUCUCCAGCUGUUUGCUGAUUUGGAAGGGAAAAUACCGGUUAUGGUUAUGUCGACGAAAGGAGCUCCAAAGAGAUCGAAAGCUGAAAUGGAGGCACUGAGAGGAGCCAAAGGAGUCAGCAAGUUUGUGGAGGUUGAAGGUGCACUACUGCCUCAAGAAGAAUAUCCUUCUCUUGUUGCUCAAGAGCUCUACAACUUCUUGCAAGAGACUUUUGCCUCGCCAAACUAAUGUUAACAUUGAUUAAGCUCACGCAUAUGGGCUUUUAUUUCGUGGAUACAGACAGGCCCAUGAAGUGUGGGUUCAGGCCCAUAUAGUGUUAAUUUAUUGUUGCUGAACUCUACAGAUUUUCUUCUUUUUUCUUUCGGCAUAACUCAUCGGUUAAAACUUAAAAGACUUCUUUUACACUUACGUCAAAAAAAAGACUUCUUUUACACUGAAUGGUAACCUAUAAUAUUAUAUAUUUAUAUAUA